AUUUUGUAAUCUGGGGAUAUUAACGAGGCGAUGACACGAAAAAAUUCAACCAGAACAAUUGAAUUUAAGUAAGUCUAAAAAAAUCAUUUUUUUGUCAAAAAAAAGAAUUCAUUUUCUCGUUUCGUGGAACAUGCAUGGAGGCUGAAUUUUCAACAAGGUUUAUGUAUUCAAAGGUAUCUCCGUAAAAAACAACUUAAAAGACAACCUCAUAGGACUACUAUAAAACUCUACCACACGCCAAGUUUGACUACAUUCAACUUUUUUAAUAGACCGACGUUAACAAGAAAGUUGUAUAAAUUAAGAAGUUCCGGAGUUCAUGUACUCAAAGCAAGAAAAGUAAACAAGAGAGAGAUAUAGAAGAAAAGAAUGGCUGCCUUAUCAGAGAAAGACGCUUCAGCUUAUCUGGACGCAAGACCUAGAUAUCCCACCGAUUGGUAUAAGAAGAUAGCCGAACGGACACAAGACCACAAGUUUGCUUGGGAUGUCGGAACUGGUAAUGGUCAGGCUGCCAUUGGGCUUGUUGAUCAUUAUGAGAAUGUGGUGGCUACCGAUAUAAACGAGGCACAACUUAAACGAGCAAUCAAACACUCAAGAAUCAGUUACCAUCACACUCCAAAAAACAUGUCAGAAGACGAAAUGGUGGCUCUAAUCGGUGGAGAAAACUCUAUGGAUCUCAUAGUUGCUGCACAAGCUGUCCAUUUUUUCGACUUGACCACAUUUUACAACGUUGCAAAACGUGUACUCCGUAAGGACGGUGGCCUAAUCGCCAUUUGGGUCUACAACGAUAUCAUUAUCUCCCCCGAGAUAGAUCCCAUAAUGAAGAGCCUUGUCGACUCCACCCUUCCUUUUAGAACUCCUAUUAUGAAUUUGGCGUUUGAUAGUUAUAAAACGCUGCCGUUUCCUUUUGAGAGCAUAGGGAUGGGAUCUGAGGGAGAGCCUGUUAGGCUUGACAUUCCGCAUAAGCUUUCUCUUAAAGGGUUCAUAGGGUUCUUGAAAUCUUGGCAGCCUGCUAUGAAGGCCAAGGAACAAGGAGUAGAGCUUGUUGAUGAAGAUCUUAUAACCAAGUUUGAGGAAGCUUGGGGUGAUGAAAACCAAGUUAAAGAUGUUUACUACAAGGCUCAUAUGAUUGUUGGGAAAAUUCCGGAAAUGAGAAGUGAAUCUGAUAAAGUGUCUGAAGACAGUAACAAAGAUAACUUGCUGCAAACCGAUGUUGGGAGAAAGCAAGAAAGGCGACAACCAUCAGAUGACGAAAAUAGACAAAGUAAGAAACAAAACACAAGUGAAGAUGAGGCAUGCUAGAGAAUAAUGUGUGGUUAGCGAUUUGAGUUAUUAAAGUUUGUAUUAACGAAAAUAUGACCAUCGCGUCAGUAUUUUAGCAAUUCAAUAAGGGGUUUAAAUAAAUAAAAUCUUUUAAACCAUUUGAGAACAAUGUUACGUUUUUUUAUCUCUUUCCUUUUUUCAACAAGAACAAAAUAAUAAAAUAGUUAUGUUUUUGAUAUCAA